AUGUUUUACGGCGUUGUUGUAAAGCCCGGCCAAACGGUCACUUUGUCUCCCGAAGAUGGCGGCGAAGUUCUCCAUCUGUCGCAGGUUUGCAUGCCCCAGCCGAAGGACGCGGGCCGGACCUACGUCCAGGUGACCCAGGAAGGCAAGACCUACUCUGUCUGCAUGCUUCAGAAAGACAAACUGGAGUUCACCAACCUCGACCUCUUUCUCUCCACUCGCCAGGGUAUCUCCAUCAAGACCGAGGGUGGGAAGAACGAGGUCCACCUGACGGGCUACUUCGAGCCUGACGCUGAAGGCUUCGACAGCGACGAAGACGAGGAGGACUCUGAAUCCGACAUGGAAGAGAACGUCGUGCACCAUGCGAAAAAGCACAUCCCCACUAAAGGAGGAAAGAUUGAAGACUUGGAUGGCAAUGACGACGAGGAGGAUGAUGAAGAUGAAGAGGAUGACGACGAGGAGGAUGACGAUGAUGAUGACGCUGAGAUGAAGGCCCUCACGGGCGGUGAUGAUGACGAUGAAGACGAGGACGAUGAGGACGAAAAUGAAGGCAGUGAAGAUGACGAAGAUGCUGACGACAUGGAGAACGGCAUUGGCGAAGACUCUGAGGAAGACGACGAAGAGGACGAGGAGGAAGACGAGUCCCCACAAAACAAGAAAGCCAGCAUGGGCGACAAGAAGCGCAAGGCUCUCGAAGCAGCUCAGACCUCAAACAAGAAGGCCAAACCGUCGGCUGCACCAGCUAAAGGCCAGGCUCCCCAGAAGGGAGACGCUGCGGCGUACAAGAGCGCGUUGGUGGAUUUCUUGAAGAAGAACGGCAAGACGCCUCUGGCUACGCUCGGACAAAAAGUGAAGAAGCCCGCUGGAGUUAGCGAGAAGAUGGCACAGUUCCUCAAGGCUAACGCGUCCACCUUCGACGUCUCCAACGGCGUUUGCUCCCUGAAAUAA